AUGUUCACCCUGGGGGGCCUGAAGAGAACGAGGGCAACAAGAACGGCCGAGAUAAGACGCCUAGAAAACGAGCGGAAAAAAAUAAUACAUCGCAUCAAAGGCGCGACAACGGUGGGGCCACAAGUCAUGAUGAACAUGGAAACCGAGGCGAGAAACAGGGGAAAAGACUGCCUCAUUGCCCAAUCCAUCCAAGCAAAGUGGGAACAAUGCGAGGGGGGAGCAGACGCCUAUGAAUACGCGAAACGGGGGGGAAGAAAAAGAGGAAUGACAAUGGGACGAAGCGACACGGAAGAGGAAAUCAAGGUGAAAAGAGUGGGGACAGCGGGGAUGAGGAUAGGACCAUCAAGGGAGACAACGUCGGAGACUCCGACGAAUGAGAAGGAGAUCAGGACCUUUGUCGUCGAGCGGUCGAGUGCAACGAUCCCUCAAACCCCAUCGGAUACGAUCGAUAAGGCGGAGCUGUAG